AUGGCUUUUUUUGGAACAAAUAAAAUAGACAGGAAGGGGAAUUUAACAUUUAGUCAUGAAUUGGAGAAGUACAUUUUAAGUGCACACCUGGAGGGAGAACAGUCGUACGAAAGUGGAGUAGGGGAAGACGAAGGGGAUGAAAGUUAUGAACUUGGGGCAAAAGAAAAAUGGGACCCAAGUACAGGCUCCAAAAAGGGGGACACAGACGAAAGAAAGGGCAAAGUGAAUGAUGAAGAAGGGUAUACGCAAUCUGACUCUAGUGCUACUUCUCCAAAUUCAAUUGAAAAGGAGCAUAAAACGGAAAACAUGACAAAUGUAAAAUGUGAAAGCAAAGCGGAAAGCGUGGAAGGAGACUUCCUAUGGAGUGUGAUCAACGCGUUGAACGAGGGGAAAACAAGUCGAGCAUUGUGCUUACGGGGUAGACAAGAUAAACAUGGUGAUGCUGAACGCGUCAUACAGAAAAUGCCCCAAAUUCACUUAAGCAAAAAAUAUAUUGACGUGGGAUGCCUGGCUACUUGGAAAUUGUCAAGCAGUAAAAGCAAAUCGGACACGAAAAAAUUAAAAGACAAUAAUGUGAACACAUAUUGGCAGUCCUCCGGCUUAGGACCACAUACAAUCACAAUACAAUUUUUUAAAUUAACAAAAAUUUCGAAAAUAUAUUUACUCCUUAAUUAUUUAUUAGACGAAUCUUACACUCCUUAUGAAAUAUCCAUCAAAGUAGGAAAUGAUGAAAAUCGUCUCGAUGUUUUAUGUACCACCUUUUGCGAUGUGAACAAACACCCAGUGGACCAUCCUUUUUGGUUUAUUAUUGACGUGGCAAAUUUUCAACUCCACUCGUACUUAUACAAUUACAAUAUGAAGAACGCCUCCAAGCGUAUGAAUUCUAUAUACUGCCGUUGCAUACAAAUUUGUGUCAUGUCUAGUCAGCACUAUGGACGUGACACUCGCAUACGGCAAGUAAAAAUUUUCGGCCCCACGUAUCCUUUUUAUAAGCAUGAUAAAUCGCUCAUUUUGUGA